AUGACGCGGGGAAUUAGGAGGGCCUCCGCCCAGGAGGAAAUGAUGAGCGGCGCCGUUGUUUGUUCCGGUGAUGGAGGUCACGGCGAGUUCAAGUCGCUGCUGUCACAGGCAGGAAAUCAGCCCGAGCAUCCGGCUACUUCUGUUCGUGAUGUCAAUGCUGCGACUCAAAGCAAUCUGGAACUAAGACAAGGGAACCACAUCACACAAAACAUGGUGGAUGCUAGACUGACGCCCCUGGCAGCUAUGGGGCUGGACCGAGGCACCCUGAUUCACGACGGUCUCCGCCUCCACGGCGGCGUUGUGUAUCCAGGAAUCCGAACGCUGCAGGCGGAAAAGAAUCGAGAGGCGGGAGUUCUCCCGUUAGGCUACAAUCGGGAUGGUCUACCUGAGCUUGUCUACAAGCCAGAUGGCUCUCUGGACAGUCGUAAAGCCACUAAUGGAUACCUGGGCCUCUAUAAGGGCAUUCCUCCUAAUCUCCACAAACCGGUGCUGAUUCCUGGAGCGGAAAGUUUAAGCUUGGAGCGAAGGCUGGCACCUGGGGAAAAAGCUCCUGAAAUGGGCUUGGCCGGGACCGGCAGCAGCUACCUUCGUCUGCCUUGGCUCAACCCCUAUCCAGAGGCGAGCAUGUAUCCCUUUAUAGACUCAUCCAAGUAUGCGCUAAACAUGUAUAAAGCUUCGUUGCUCAGCCAACCCAACCCCUACCUUCCCCAGCAUCUGGCCUACCCUUCUCUUUGCGGACCCCAAGGUGGAACCGUCAACCCUGUCGCAGUGACUUCUGCUGCCGAAAGGCUGUACUACAUGCCCACUUACCCACCUCCUGCUAUGUCCUCUCCCUUGGUGGCACCCCAAAUGAGGAUUCCACCGGUCUCAGUGGCACCCACAUCACUUGUGCAUUGCCAGGACAAGGGCCUUGGAGUCGGGCCGCCAUUUGUACAACAGCUUCACCAACCUUCCCCUCUUCCUCAGCAUCAUCCGUCUGCGAUCGACAGGGAGCGAUCGCCUAACAGGAGCGGUCGACCAAGCAGACCUCCGUCUAGGACUGGCAGCAAUAGCACCGGUAGUACAAGCACGAGUGCUACCAGCGGUGGAAAUAAUAGUCUGCCUACUGACUCCUCACCUCACGCGUCCACUCGCCUCUCGCAAACUCUCAUUGACAAUUCACUGGAUUUACAAAGGCCAGUCGCUAGAAUGGGACAACCUCCCGUCUCGUCGGCUUCGAUAUCUUCAUCUCCUGCCACGCAGCCUAUUUCUCAUCUGUUAUCCGUCAGCAGCAUAGCGUCAGAGCAGCCCUCUCCGGCCCGGCCGCGGCCGAGGGACGGUGCGCCAGGUGCUGAAAGGAGACCUAGCAGGUCACCCUCAAAGUCCGCUCACCCACCCCAAGCAACCAAAGAAUCGGGUGAGAAGCCGUUGGAUUUGUCUGGAAGAAUACUGGAGUUCGGACUACCUAACGGUUUUCCGAUUAAGAUGGACACCAUUGCUCCAGGUGCACGUUAUGGACUUCCGCCAAGUGGAGAACUCCUAAAAGAGAAUCUAUCCCUCUCCCCCUCCUCCCACCCUCACUCUGUGGUAAACAGCACUUCGUCAAAGGUCUCGGAGAGACCAGAGAUGAUCAGCACUUUACACUCCUCUUGGGUAGUACCCAGCCAGUCUCCCUCUCAAACUCAGCACGCUCCAGGCUUAUCCCCAUCUCCCAGACCUAAUGUAGAUCUGGGGUCCUCACAGGCCAAAGGUUCCUCCCCCUCUGUCAUAAAACACAAAAAUCUGGAAAGAGUGCUCCCUCAGCCUCGGAGCUCGUCCUGUCCGAGGAUUAGCGAGCCCAACUCUGUUUCUUCGGACUCCUCUUUCAUCACAACUAGAGGUCUUUCUCCCAAAUCAAACGGGGAUUGGUCCAAACACAGCCCUCUGCAAUCGGAUCACGUACCUGUCAUGGGCCACCACAGAGAGGGAGCGGAGAAGAAUGUCAAGAGAACCGAAGCGAUUCCAGAAGCUUCGUCGUACAAAAGGCCUUUGUUGGAGAACGGUCACCCAGCUGGCCCCCUUUACCUUCCUCAAAGCGAUGCAUACCUAACCCACAGUUUGGCCUACGCCAAUAGAUAUCUGCACUACCCCAUCCCUGACAGCAUGGCACUUCACUCCCUGCCGAUCGCAGGAAAAGGUCCAGUCUACCCUCACCCGAUGUUGCUGGGCAGCAAUAGCCUCUACCCAACACAUCUGGCAACCAAACCCCCUUUACCUUACCACAAUCUCCCACCUGGUUCAGGAGGGGAAUACCUUGCAUAUAAUUCACAGGAGAUGUCCCACCCACUGAUGCAACCUCACUCUGAGAAGCUCUCGGAAAAGGGGGAUAGCAGCCUGAAACCUCGGGGACACGAGAAAACAAGGAGUUCUUUUGAGGAAAGAGAGAAGAAGGACAUGCGAGAAGGGAGCCAAAUAAAGGCCAAUAAAGAAGCAAUAGCACAGGGACAAAGCGCCAGUCAAGCUAAAACAAGUUCACCGUCUGUAGCUUACCGAGAAAAGAUCGAAUGCAUUGACCUGGUCCACUCCGACACUGAUGCAGAGUCUACUCCAACAGUCCAGAAAGCACCCUCUGGUGAAUCCUCAGCUUUUGACCAAAACGAACGUUACCCUAGCAACCAAAACAAAACCAGGGCGGAGUACGAGGCAACAUUUCACCUUCCGUUUCACAGUCUCUCCGGACACAGCCCCGCACAGAAGGCUCAUCCCGUAGACGGACCGCAGGAAACUCCCUACGGCAAGCCAAAGGUUCAGGAUGCGGGUUGUCCUGGAGGGACACCAAACGAUCAGGGGAAGCGAGAAGAAGAGGAAGACUCCUCGGAGGAACAGUGCCCCAGCCCGGACCCCGCAGAUGACGACCAGAGCACUUUGCGUUGCGCCCGGACGUCCGGCGAGCGUAGCUCUGGCAAGGACAAAAAGGAACGGGACAGCAGGACUCCUCACUUCACUCCAAAUUGCACAGUUAUGGCCAAGGAGGCCAACCGGGACGCGUUGACGUGCAGAGAUGCCGAAAUGGAAGACAGCUUGGUGGAUUUGGGAGAGUCUCAAGGAGAGGGUGAAGACGAGGACGAUGACGAUGGCCAGAACGCAAAGGGCUCCCGCCGUUCUAGCCUGGCCAAGAGAAUCGCUAACUCCUCGGGCUACGUCGGCGACCGCUUUAAGUGCGUUACCACCGAGCUGUACGCAGACUCCAGCAAGCUGAGCCGUGAGCAGAGAGCUCUGCAGAUGGAAGUCAUAUCACGAGAGGGGAGUAAUAUAAGUCAACCUGCAGCUAACUGGGAGCGGGCCAUGAUGCGGUUCUCGGAGUUGGAGCUGAAGGAGAAGGAGGGCGGCGGCUGUAGCGGCGGAGGCAACGUCUGCGUGUCUGCCCCGACAGCGGGACGGGAGCUGGCGGAGGGCCAACGCCGAGAGCGAGCUUUGGAAUUUGGCCAAUACGCCACCCGGCAAGGGGAGAGAGAGGGUGUUCUGCUGGCGUACCCCAACAACCGCGUGACGGUCCUUCAGAGGUGCGACGGCGCUCGCCGGCCGGACUCCGACGGGGGUACCUCGGGCUCGGCGGCGUCCAGGGAGUCUCCCGAGGAGGCGCUCGGUCAUGACAGAAAGCGCUUGCGUGUCCUCAAAAUGGAGCAGGACUCGGAGCUCGAGGAAGAAGAGAGGAUGUUCCUUCCCCAGAAAAGAAGCAGGAUGUCAGCUGAUGAACACGAGCAGACCAGCGCCGACGAGGACGACGAGGAGGUACGGAAGCUCAAAGUUUGCAUCGAGCUGAAAGGGCUGCGGCUCAGCAAGCCCGCCCAAGGGGGCGCCUCGCCCGACCGUCCCCCGAUCAAACAAGAGCAGCCCUGGUCCCGCUUGCUAGGCCCGGCGCAGACCCAGCAAAGAGCCGACAUCAACAGGAAGUGGGGCUGCGAAAGGCUGCUUAACGGAGUCGCAGCACCUCCCCUUCACCCCGGCGGCCAAGUGAAGGACAGAGCGCACCCGCCGCCGGGCCCCUUCUCAGGUGACCGUGGCCUCAAGGAGCCUCGGCGCGGUCCUCCCUCUCCGGGCGCCGAGCCCUCGCCGGGAGGCGCCCCUCCCCUCAAACUGCGUCGUCAUAGCGACACGGACAAGCCCAAGGGCAAGCGGCCGUGCAAGACCAAACACACCGGCCCGCGGGAGCGCGAGAGGAGAAAAGAGGGCGAGCCGAACAGCCCCGGCCGACGUUUCGCCGCCGAUCUGGAAACGGCCGAGGAUGACAAGCCGAGUGAGCGGCGAGAGGCUCCGAGGAAGCGAGCCGCCUCUCCUAAUGGUUAUCCCGGCUCUCCGGUCGAGCCCUGCUCCCCCGCCGCUCUCUGUCCGCCCCCGCCGCACCCCCAGGCCGACGGCAGAGCGGUCGGAGUCUCGCCGGAGGUCGUCGGGGCGCAUCGAAUGCCCGACGCGCCGGCGGCGCGGCCCGUCCCGCCCGAAGCGCGGCGGCUGAUCGUGAACAAGAACGCCGGCGAGACGCUCCUCCAGAGAGCGGCGCGUCUAGGCUACGAGGAGGUAGUGCUCUACUGCCUGGAGAACCGAGUGUGCGAGGUGAAUCACAGGGACUACGCCGGCUACUGCGCCCUUCACGAGGCCUGCGCCCGCGGCUGGCUCAGCAUUGUCCAACAUCUGCUGGACUACGGCGCCGACAUCAACUGCAGCGCGCAGGAUGGAACCAGACCCAUUCACGACGCGGUGGAGAAUGACCACCUGGACGUGGUGCGGGUCCUGCUGUCCUACGGGGCCGACCCCACGCUGGCAACGUACUCCGGCCGGGGCCUUCUCAAAAUGACCCACAGCGACAUCAUGGAGCGCUUCCUCACCGAUUAUUUUGCUGACCUUCAGGGCAGCGCGGAUGACGACCCCGGCCUUUAUUGGGAAUUCUACGGCAGCGCUGUGUGCGAAUCUGCCGAGGAAGGCGGAGCCUACGACAUCCUGGCUGACCCGCCGGGUCCGGACGAAGACGACGAGGACGACAAGCGGGAGGUGUUUGAGUUCGAGUUCUCCGACCGGCCCCUGCUUCCGUGCUACAACAUCCAGGUGUCCGUCUCGCACGGUCCUAGAAACUGGCUGCUUCUGUCCGACGUCCUCCGCCGUCUACGCAUGUCCGCACGCGGCUUCCGCCAAGCCUUCCCCCACAUGGAGGUGGUGACCGUGUCCGAGGCGGAGUUCUACCGGCAGGCGUCGCUCUCGCAACUAUUUUCCUGCCCGGAGGAGCUGGAGGGCUUCCAGCCGGACAGUAAGGAACUUCUGGACCUGGUGGAGGACAGCGCCGAGCUGGCCGCCUUGCUAGGCUCCACGCUGGAGUGCCUGGACGACCGCUGGGAGCAAGCCAGGGACAAACUGAAGGACAGGAUCAAGGCGGCCGGUCAAGUGGGGCUCCUCCUCCACAAUAAGCACUGA